UUUGCUUUUCUUUAGAAUCAAGUUGCUUCUUUCUAAAUGUGACUGGAGAAAUAACAUUUCUAUUAUCUUAAUGUGAGCAUACACACGUGGGAACCCUUAGAAACACUAGUCCUCUCACUUAAAAUAUAAAUAUACCCUAACAUAAAAUGUUGACUGUAUUCCAUUAUGUGAGUAACGAAACUUUUAUCAAUUAUUCAGAAUUUGCAACAUCUUCUUUACUCCAGCGCCAUCAUGUGGCCAAAUUAACCACAUUAAAAAAACAAACAAAAAUAAACCGAUUCCUUCAUUCUGCCUCAUCAAAAAUACCUUCUGUCGCGUUUGUGACUGUCGAAUUUUGGGUAAAAUCUGACUUCGACGUGACUCGUCUGAGAACUUAACGCAACAGGUUUCUCUGUUCGGCCAGAACAGACAGAAGGAGUAAAGUCUUUGGAGAAGUUGGACAAGAUUAGAUUUAACAAUCUGCCCACGUUAAAACCGUUGAAUACUUUUAGAGUAGUGAUUAUUACUAUUUUUAUUUUCACGAGAAUAGAUUUUCUCUACAGCUUCUAACAAGAUUGAAACAAAUCACGAUGAGAAGAAGCACUCGACUACAAUUAUCGGGUUACUACAACUCGGAUGGACUGCCUACCGUCUCCUACAAGGGCUACUCUUAUGAAGUCUUCAGGGAGCAAAGGAGUUCUAGAUGUGCCAAUUUUGGCACAUACUCGAUAGCAGACACCGUCCCUUGCAUAAACAUGGACAUGGAGAUGGAAAUGGACUCAGAUGCAGAAACCAUUCCAUACGUAGACAUAGACACGGACUCAGACGCAGAAACCAUCCCAUAUAUAGACAUGGACAUGGACUCCGAUGCAGAAACCAUCCCAUACAUAGACUCAGACAUAGAUUCAUACACAGAACCCAUCCGUCACCCAGGCUUGAACAUGAACACUGAAGCACGGAUGAUAGCAGAAGAAUUUCACUUUGAAAACAGAAGGAGGACCAUCAUUUGCAGACCAUUCCCCAAAACAAAGAACAGGGAGAACAUUUUUUUGUUCUUCAUCACAUGCCUCCUGGUUUUUGUUCUGGCUUACCCGAUUUAUGCCAUGACCUUCCCACUUGAAGAGUCUCCUGCAUCCCUUUUUGCAGAGGACAUGGCGUCCAAUGAAUACUGCAAAGGGAAGAUAAUGGAUCCAAUAGAGCUGAUGAAGACUCUGACAUCAAAUGACUACUGUCACCCACCAUAAAUUAGCAGUAGUAUCACAGGACACUGCAUUCAGCGAAUAUCACUGAAAUCGCACCUCAAUUUUCUCUGUAGUUUAUAAUUUCUCACUAACUGUGUGUCUGUGUUUUAAGGUGCAAAUCAGAUCCGCACACAGGACAGAGCUAUGGAUAGGUAAGUAUGGAGGUAAGAACGCCUACAUGUGUACUAUCAAGCUGAAAACAUUCAUUCAAACUUGUUGUGUGAAAUCUGUAGUUUUAAAAAAUACCAGCAAAAUCAUUAGAUUUUCACUAUAAAAUGAAUUUUGGAGGGUGUAAAUCUUUACAUUCUUAAAUAUUCAUUAAUAGUUCAAUUGGAAUAAGUUAGCAUCUUUAUUUCAGUAACAAAAAUGAAAUAACUAUUUUUAGUAUUAAUUUGAGAAAGAAAGGGCUGCACAGGGGAACAGUAAGAAGAUCCAGGGUUUAAGUCCCAAUCUGAAGUCUCUGCAUGGAGUUUCCAGGUUCUCCCUGUGCAUAUGUGGGUUCUCUCCAGGUGCUCUGGCUUCCUCCCACAGUGCAAAAUCAUGACUGUUGGUUCAAUUGCUAACUCUAAAUUGCUGUGAACUCACAUAGUUCACAGUCACACAAGCUAAUGCUUCAGUUGAUCAGUUUUAUAUGAUUAGUUUCAUAUAAAACUAAUCAAAGAAAUGGAUGUAAACUGUUACAACAGUUUUAUUGAUUCAAAUAACAGUUCAUCAGUGUAAAUCUGUCUUGACUUUGAACUCCCAAUAUAGCUUUACUUGACUGGUGGUAUUUUCAGUUCCUAGGAGUUUCACAACAUGAGUGAGGAUGUUUUCAGCCAGAUUCAGAUCCUCUGUAGGGGUAAUAGAGUGCUUAGAGUUUUUAUAGAGUUUUAGCUUAGCUUGGUGACUAGCAGCAGACCAAAUGACUGCAGGAUGCUUUGUCAUCCUCAAGGUAACUGAAUGGGUUUUCUCCAGGUGCUCUGGUUUCCCCCACCCAAAAAAACAAAACAUGGCGACUGAUAUUUUAAAACAUUAGGUUUAGCAAACACCUAAAAUGCAAUAAAGAAAAGACAUACAUUUAACACAGGUUUGCUAAAUUAUACUUGUAAUUUCAGGACUAAUAGCUAAUGUGCUAAGCUAGACUAAACUGGGUGAAAAUGCAAAGGGAUAAAUACAAACACACACUGAUUUCGCAAGUACAAUGUCUUCCCUCUUCAUUUUAUUCUCUCAUCAUGUGUGUUCAGUAACAUUACACCCUCAUUAACUCUGUGUGUUCUCUUCUUAGCUCCAGAAGCCCUGGUUUGCACCUCCACUCCCCAGCCGGUCGAGGCAGAUGGCCGCCCAUCCUGAGCCUGGUUCUGCUGGAGGUUUCUUCCUGUUAAAAGGGAGUUUUUCCUCCCCACUGUUGCCCAGUGCUUGCUCACGAUGGGGGAUUGUGUCACAAAAUGACUGCAAUCAGCUGGUUUCUUUAGAUAAAUAAAUUGAAUCAAUUUGAA